GUUGUCAUGGUGUGAAUCAGCCUGUAGAGGUCACUGUGUAAUUGUUUUUAUAAAAGCAUAAAGAAUCACGGGAGGAAACAUAUUUCAUUAACAGAACAAACUCACAUGACACAUUUUCUAAACUGUGUCUGUGACGUGGAAUAAUCACGUUAAUGUGCAGUGUUUCAGAUUAUCAUAUCUUUAACUUUUAGUAGCUAAAUACCUCUUCGGUAAUUAACCUAAUCUAAAAUUAAAGGUGACACAACCGUGUGAAAUGAAGAAAAGCUGCAUUUCCUUGUUUAUCGUUUUGUUCUCAGCCAACUGUUUUUUGCUGGAAGUCUCGAGCCAUUUUCAGAAGGGCUUUUCCUGGGAAAGCUGUGGAAAGCCUGAUGACCCCAUACAUGUGAAGACUCUACAUGUGUAUCCAAACCCAAUUCCUUCACCAGGAUAUGCAUUAGCACCUGCAUCAGCCACCACAUUAAUAGAUCUGCUCUCUCCUCUGCCUGUGAACGUGACACUUGAAAAAGAAGUGGCUGGUGCGUGGGUAAAAAUACCUUGUGUUGAUGACCGAGGAAGUUGUUAUUACCCUGAUGCCUGUGACCGGUUGGUCCAGGUCUUUAUGACAUUGACAGGACUCUGUCCUUACUCUCUAAGUCCUAGUAGUUUAUCCUGCCGCUGCCCGCUCAAAGCUGGUGACUACGUUUGGCCAACGUCUGGUAUCUACAUACCAAAUUUUUCACUGCCUGACAAACUGACCAAUUUCAGAUUACAGUUAAUUUUAGGCAACUCUGAAAAAGAACUGGGAUGCCUUAAAGUCAACUUCUCAUUGGCAUCAGGACUACUCAACCAACACAAUGAAAUGUAGUGGAUGCUGUCCUACAGCUCUGUUCCUGGCUUUUGGGAAAGUGACAAGAGCCACGAAACCAUGAAUCUAAUCUACAGUACCUGCAGUAAAUUAAGUCAUCAUGAGCAUACACUUGAACAAGCAAUCUACAUCUCAUGAACUUGUUUUAAUUGAUAACUGCUGUAAACAUUUUCAGAUCAGCUAAAAAUGUUUGUAAAUGUAAGAAUUUAUGCCAACUCAAAUAUCACCAACACUGCUGCUGCUACUGUAUGUGUCAUGAGUAUGCAUUUGAGUAGAGCGAACACAAUCGUCUCGCUUUUAAUAAACCCGUCCAACUUGUCUGUA